CGCACUCGUUUUAUACUCGUUGGAUCGUCUCCGCGACAGGCCGCCCCCCGCUCGAAGCACCGUACACACGCCGUUUUCAGUAUUGCCGCGUAAUACAUUGCACCAGGUCGCUUUCUGCCCGUCGACGCCGCUCCACCAGGCGCACGUGCGUUAUCUACGACGAUAUAAAAUAAUAUUAUUAUAUUGUUGUAUCGUUGUCGUUGUCGCUACUUCGGUUCAUCUCGGAAAAUGGAAAACGUCCUAGUCGGCAGAAACGCUUUGUUGGCAUAACACCUCGGCAAUAAUAACAACAGUAAUACAUACCUACCUGAUAAGGUACAUGUACGUUUCAGCGGUGUAGAGUGUGAUUGCGAUUAACGAAAAACAUAUUAUAUCGUUGAAAAUUUAAGAGAGAAAAAAAAAACAAUCUUUACGUUGUGAGUUGUCAUCGGCCCGCGUUCAGACGAUCUGUGCGAUCCCCCUUCGAGUGCCCCCCUUCUUCGAUCGCGCGAAUUUUUUUCGACAUCUCCCAGUUUUUUUUUUUUUUUUAAUUUUUCCCCGUUUUUUUCCCCCCGUUCUUAAACGUUUUCAUUUUUUGUUUGAUGUAAACUUCGCGUACGCUCGUCGCUGCCUAUACAAUAGAAACAUUGCAGUAACAUCGCGCUCGCGUGUGUACCUACUUCAACGCCGUCACUCAAAUUCACUAAAUUCGUGCGGAACUCACCAAUUUUCUAACUCUACGAAAACGAGAGUACGUCAUACGAGUUGGUACCUAAUUUAUGUAUGGUAAAGAAAUACCGCAAGCAGCCGUUCAAGAGAUCUAAAACUGCCCAAAGAGUCGUCGACGAGAUGGAUCAACCAGCCGCAGCUGAGUUGCAGACGAUGUGGAAAUCCCGAAAACUUUGGACAUCCAUUCUGCUGUUCGUAUUGCUGUUCAUCACACCAGGUUUUGCUUCGCCUAAGAGACCCACUCAAAAUCCGGAACCGGAUCCUUUGCCAACAUUCGGUUCACAAGGAAGAAGAUUUAGAGUGGUUACGAAUGACACCGUUGUCCUUCCAUGUGACGUAAUCAACCCGGGAGUAUACAUUUUAGCGUGGAAAAAAGGAAUUGCCGUACUAACAGCAGGAAGCACUAAGGUGUCUCCAGAUGAAAGGAUUCGUCUAGUGGACGGCAAUAACCUGGAAAUCCGUGAUAUUCAAACAAACGACGCAGGAAAUUACGUGUGCCAAAUAGCAACUCUCAAACCCAGGGAGAUAUCACAUACUGUCGAGAUAUUAGUUCCAUCGAGAAUUAAAUCGGUUACAUCGGGAGGAAAUAUCGACACUAAAAAAGACUCUAUGAUCAAACUAAACUGCGAAGCUGAUGGAAAUCCUGUUCCUAAUAUAACAUGGACAAGAAAAAACAACGUUCUUCCAAAUGGCGAGAGAAAUGCAACUGGCGAUACAUACAUUAUUCAAUCGGCCACUCGUCACGAUGCCGGCCAGUACAUAUGUACUGCUUAUAACGACGUCGGACAACCAGCUGAGCAAACUAUUACAGUUAACAUUCUAUAUCCUCCGGAGAUUGAAGUUGAACGUGCAUGGGUUCAUUCUGGUGAAGGAAACGAAGCACUGCUAGUUUGCAUAGUCAACGCUGAACCACACGCAGAGGUGUCUUGGUAUAGAGAUACAUUGAAGUUAGACACAAACGAACGUCGCAUAACUGAAGUUAGAGGAAGUAGACAUACUCUUAUAGUGAGAAAAGUGCAGGCGAGUGAUUUUGGAAAUUACAGCUGUGUGGCCGACAACGUCGUUGGAAAGAGCAGAGCUUAUGUCGAACUUUCAGGAAAACCAAAUCCUGUAAAAAUUAAUAGCAACAAAAACGGACGGCACCAAAAUAAUUACAACAUAUCUUGGUCGGUAGACAGCUACACUCCCAUCGAAGAAUUUAAACUUUUCUACAGAAAAGUUCCACUUCCCGACGAGUCACCCUUAGAUACGCGGACGCAAGGCCAAUGGCCAAAGAAGCCCCCUACUCGAAACCAGGAUAACGAGGGAUACGCCGGAAGUCCGAUUUACGGCUACAACAGCAUGAGGAACGAAUGGAACGAUGUGAUCCUUCCAGCCGUUCCCAGCGAACAAUUCACUCACCGCAUGGCUUACAACAUCCGCGGAUUGGACACCGCUUCCGAAUACGAAGCCAAAGUUAUGGCCAAAAACCGAUUCGGCUGGACCCCAAUGUCUGAUGUAUUCAAAUUCGUCACCUCCGCCACACCAGAAAUCGCAUCAAAUCCAAAAUAUCAAGCAUCCUAUGGUAUUUCAAUGACAUCAAACGCCGAAGCCCGUGAUCUUGGAUCAACUUCUUCAUAUAAUGGAUUCACCAAACGCAGUUACAACGUCAUCAUAUUCGUCGUUUUCAACACCCUGUACUUUGCAUACAACACCAUUGUUUAAAUCCCUAAAAACCUUUAACCAUCGAAGCAGUGGCAUGAAUGUUGUAAAACAGGGCGAACAAAAAAAUCCAUAAGGGGCAUUUCAUCUUUUAAACUUAACUUCACAUUAUUUAUUUAAAAGUCAUUUCCAUUAUCUGAAUUGUAUUUUUAUUUUUUAUUUAAAAAUCAAAAAAAAUAGGGGGAGGGGGAGAAUGAGGGAAUAUGCCACUGUUUUUACGUUGUGAUUGAACAGUAAACAAUAGGUAAAUAAUUUAUCACCCACAGAAAUAAAGACACCUCAUUUAGAACAAUAUAAACCUUCCGAUCUAAACGUAAACAUUUGAAAUUCUCCACGAAUUUCGAUUACUUCCAUAAUUAAAAAUAAUAAAAAUAAAAUACACGAUUUAGUAUAAAAUAAAAAAUAUUGAGUACCUAUAGAUUAGAAUAUCAAAAAAUCCAUUCAGUAAAAAAAAAAAAAAAAUGGGCAUUAUUGGGGAAAAAAAAUAUUUUAACUUUAAACUAUUAUAAUAUUCACAUAAAUUUAUUUCUAGUCUCUGUAGUAUGAUUUUCUUAAUAGAGUUCAUAAAUUUAGUUAUUCCAGAGUAGUCGAUAAAAUUAUAAACUGUGUUAAAAAGCUAUUUCUUUCUGCUAAAAAAAUCUGGUAACAUAUUUGAAUUUCUAUUAAUUUAAUUUCCCAACCUAAUUUUCAAACUUUUGUUCACAAAACCACGUUUAAUAAUAUCGAUUUACAGUCAUAUACAAAUAAUAAAUAUGAUAUUUUUCCUGUAAAAUUAUUUAGUCCAUUUACGGUAUGCAUUUAUCUCCACUUAAGUGUAACGAUGAUGUGCGAGUCAUAAUGUUGAGAAAAAAACAAAAUAUUGGAGAAUCAACAAAAAAUUUCGUUUGCAUCAGAAAAACAAAACUGUGUAGUGUAAUUCUCAUAUUAUUAUUGAUAUUAGUCAGAUAUUUUAUAAUUUAAAAAUGAAAAAUACGAUAUAUAAUAUAUUUACAUUAUUCAGUACCGGUUCAAAUUAUAUUGUACUAUUUAAAACCAACUUUCAAAGGUACAAAAUUACAAGUUAUCAAUACAGUUAAACAGUAAAUUAAUGCAUGCCUACAGUAGACAUAUUUUUACAGAAAAUAUAUGGUUACUUAAAAAUGCUUUUAAACCAAGUUAUUUUUUUUGUUUGUUUUUUUAAAAAAAAUAAUAAUAAGUUGAACAAAUAUUAGAAAGUCGUGCCAAAUUAUCCAAAAAUUAAGUUCUUGAAUAAACAAAAUACAAUAUUUGUUUGUCUUCAUCACUGUGUUUAAAUAAAGUUUUAUUGUUAAUAUUCUUCAAUAUAAUAUCUGUAAAUUAAUUUUAAAACUAUAGCACUUUAAAUUUAUAAAUGUAUGCGCGGGAUAGCUGUUUUAUUUCCCUAUAUAAAAUUCAUAUAAUUUAACUGUCUUGAAAAUAUAGUUAAUAAUGAUUUUGGAUCGCUUUUUAACAUACAUAAACAUACAAAGCAUUACUGAAUUAUUUGAAAUGGAUGUCUAAUUAUAAUAUCUAUUGAAUAUGGUUGAGAAAUUACUAUUUUUCAGUAACUCAAAUUCGAAUAAAAGUAAAUAUAUUAAUAUUAUUUCUAUAACUGUUGAGGCUCAUAGAUUAUUAGAAAUCCGUUAUAAUUUACAGUAUAUUUCGCAUAACAUUGUUUUGAACAUAAUAAUAAUAUACCCGUAACUAUUUUAUGUGUUUAAAAAUUAGUUUUAAGAAUUCGCACUUCAUGAACAUUAUAUAUUAAGUACACAUAUUAUUGUUCACGAAUAUUAUACUAUACAUAUGAUCAUCAUUAUCACAUAAGUAUUAUUAUAGGACUGUAGACGACAGUAGUUUAAAUUAAAGCUUUAGGCAUUUUGUAAAUAGAAACAUUGUAUGUAACUAUCAUCAAUAACAUAAGUUUAUGAGUAUAUAACAUAAAGAACGUGUUUAAUUCUUAACAAGAACAUUUAUGAUCUGUAAUUGACUUUUUACUAGUUAAAAAGUAAACUGUUUGAAUGGAAUUUUGCCGCAUUUAUUUAAAACGUAUCUACUUUUAAAUGUUUGCAAUAUCGACAUAGCAAAUGUUCGUGAGUACAACCCUGUAUUUAUGAUCGUUAUAGCAAAUAUGCGAUCGAUAUGAUUAGUUGGCAUUGAUCAUAAUUUCAAAAUAAUUUAAUUUAUAUAUGUACAUUGUACAAUUAAAAUUAAAAUAAAUUAUGAACAUUUGUAUGAAAUAAAAUGUUUUGAUAAAUAUUUGAAAUGGAUUAAACAAAUAGGCUGUUCGCGUUUGUACGAGUUUGUAAAAAUUGCAUUACGUUUGAGGUAACGGUUAUAAAAUAUCGUAAUGUAUUUGGGCAAUGUUUUUUGAUAUGGUGUAAUAUGUUUGGACAAUAUUUUAACAAUGCAUUUCUUCUAUAAUUUUAAUACAUUUUGGGACUGUACACGAAUUUUUUUUAUAAUAUAAAAACUUUAAUAAUAAUAAACCCACCCAAAAAAAUAUUCAAAAUCACAAAUAAAACUUAAAAGACGUACCGUUUAAAAUUUUUAAUUUAAUGGAUUCGUUAAAAUACAUUUUUCAAACCGUUUUCUAAAUUUUCUUCUUGUCCUAACGCAUUGUACCAUUCUUGCUCAAACAUAUUAUUGAUAACUCGACCAAACACAUUUCUCUUCUUAUGUGGGUAAAAAGGUAAUUCGCCCAAACACAUUACGCUUAAAAAAAAUAAUGUAUGAUAGCCUACUAUGCAUCAAAGGAAAACUGUUUUUUUAAUGGUUAGGCAUAUGAUUAUUUAUAUUCUUUGAAUUGUAUUGAUGAAAAACGAGAUUUUUGAGAUGAUCGGAGGGGGUUUUUUUAUCACAUUAAACUAGAGUAUGUUAAAUGAUAUUUAAGUUGUUACAAUUGUAUAAGUCAUUAAUAUUAUAUGUUACAAUAGUUUCAUAAAUUAUACUUAAUCAAUUUUGAAAUAUAAUUAGUGUGUUGAUGUUUUAAAUGUUAAAUUAUAUAAUUAUUAUGAGUAUAUUAUACACAUUAUUAUUAUGAAUGUUAUUCUUAUAUAAUUAAAUUAAACAUUAAAUUAUAAUAUGUUAAAGUAGAAUACUAUACUUAAUACUACUAAUAAAUUUCGAAACACACCUUAUUAUACCUAUUCAUGAACAGUAUUUACAAUUUUUGUUUAAUAAUAAUACAUUUUAUUUCAAAACACUUUUGAUAAAUUAUAAUACAUCUUUUGUUAAUUUAUGAAUUUAAUUUAAUUGGCAGAAUAUAAUUUAUGAUUGUUUUAUAUACUUUAAACGCAUCUAAAACAUUAUUAUGAAAUACAUUAAAGAAAGUUGCAUGAUUAACCAUAUGAUACCCAAAUAUUUUUACAAUUUAAGUGAACAUGGAAAUAAUAUUUUAUUAAAUUGUUUAUGUCCAUAGUGUUAGAAGUAUAUUAUUAUAUUAUCUACUACGAAAAAAAAAAAUACAUUAUGUCUAAAUAUUAGAAUUAAGGAACUAUUAAAUAUUUUUUAUUCAACUAUCUAUCCCCCUCCUAUAUAUUUCUCGUUAAAUAAUAAAUUCUUCAAGAUUUGUUUGUAGUUUUUUAAUUUUAAUUUUAUAUAAUAUACUCAUUUUAAAAUAAUGGAAACAAUUUUGUUUUUUAUACAUAUGCAUUUUACCUUUUGUUUUUUUAAAUCUAUGGACAUUUUGAAUAACAUAACAAUAAAUUAUAAGUAUUAUAAUUAGUGGUAUAAUCAUUAUUAUUUUAUUAUUUUUUUUUAUCUAUGUGUACCUAAAGACUUUUUGUUGUUAAUGUAAUAACUAUUACUGCUAUUUCAUUUAUUAUAAUAUGUAAUUUUUUAUUAUUAUUAUUAUUAUUAUUAAUUUUUAAGAAUACUUAGUGAAUAGUAAAAUAAAAUAGAAGUAGGUAAUGUGUAAAUAAUAGUUACCUACCUACUUAGUAGUUAAAAAUUAAUAUUUAAGACUAUUAAAUUAUAGUCCUUAACCUAUAAUAUUAUGAUAUAAUUGAUAAAAUAUUAUUGAAUAAAUCUAUCAGAGUGAAUAUUCAAA